AAUGAAAAGAGCACGUUGCGUUGCGUGCAAAAGUUAUUACAAAUAUUAGCAAUUUACCUACCAACCUAACCAGAAGACACCAUAACCAUUUUGAGUUCUUCUCCUUUGACUCUGUAAAAUAUUUCUCUCUCUAUCACCAUCCAUCUUUGUAUAUCAAUAAUCAACCUAAUCCGAAUCCCAACAGUGCAACGUUUGAAUGGGGACCGAAAAUUCUGGAAAUGUGGAGAUAUCGGAGCCAUUGUUAGAGGAACCCGACAAAAUACCCGAAUCCGAUUCGGAAAAUAUACCGGAUUGGAAGGAUCAGAUUACAAUUAGAGGUUUAUUGGUUAGCGCUGUGCUUGGAACUCUAUUCUGUAUCAUCACCCAUAAGCUCAAUCUCACUGUUGGUAUUAUUCCUUCCCUCAAUGUUGCUGCGGGUUUGCUUGGUUUUUUCUUCGUCAAAUCAUGGACCGGUUUUAUGUCCAAGCUUGGUUUUGAUGUUCAACCUUUUACUAAGCAAGAGAAUACUGUUAUUCAAACCUGCGUUGUUGCUUGCUAUGGCCUUGCUUUUAGUGGUGGCUUUGGGUCAUACUUGCUAGCAAUGGAUGAGAAAACAUACAAACUUAUAGGUCCUGAUUAUCCUGGAAACCGUGCGGAGGAUGUUAAGAAUCCGGGGUUAUUAUGGAUGAUGGGAUUUAUAUUUGUUGUUAGUUUCCUUGGACUUUUUAGUCUUGUGCCUCUUCGUAAGGUUAUGGUAAUGGGUUAUAAGCUCACAUACCCUAGUGGAACUGCAACUGCAAUGCUAAUAAAUAGCUUCCACACAAAUACUGGUGCUGAACUUGCAAGGAAUCAAGUUGCCCGUCUUGGAAAAUAUUUAAGUAUAAGUUUCUGCUGGAGCUGUUUUAAAUGGUUUUUCAGUGGUAUUGGGGAUGCAUGUGGCUUUGACAAUUUUCCCACUCUUGGCCUGACCCUAUUCAAGAACACGUUCUAUUUUGACUUUAGUCCGACUUAUGUUGGAUGUGGUCUUAUCUGCCCUCACAUUGUCAACUGUUCAGUUCUCUUUGGAGCAAUUAUAUCAUGGGGUAUCCUGUGGCCGUUGAUCACCCAGCGUGCUGGUGACUGGUACCCAGCAGACCUUGGAAGCAAUGAUUUCAAAGGUCUCUAUGGAUAUAAGGUCUUCAUAGCCAUCUCCCUCAUACUUGGGGAUGGGCUUUACAAUUUGAUUAAGAUAAUUUCAAUCUCCGUAACGGAAAUUUUUAAAAAUAGCAGCUCGCAGAACAAUCUUCCCUUGGUUAUGGAGGUCAUAGGUGGUGAGAGUUCCAAACUAGAAUUGGAAAAGAAGAAGCGCGAUGAAGUUUUCCUGAAAGAUAGGAUACCGUUCUGGUUUGCUGCAUCUGGAUAUGUUGCCCUGGCUGCAAUAUCUACAGCCACAAUGCCAAUUAUUUUUCCUCCUCUGAAGUGGUAUUUGGUCCUUUGCUCAUACAUAAUUGCCCCUGCUCUUGCUUUCUGCAACUCCUAUGGUACAGGACUUACAGACUGGAGCUUGGCUUCAACUUAUGGUAAGAUUGGUCUAUUUAUUAUUGCGUCACUGGUUGGAAGCAAUGGUGGGGUCGUUGCAGGAUUGGCAGCAUGUGGAGUUAUGAUGUCCAUCGUCUCAACUGCUGCUGAUUUAAUGCAAGACUUCAAAACGGGGUAUCUUACACUUUCAUCAGCUAAAUCGAUGUUUGUGAGUCAGUUGGUGGGAACAGCCAUGGGUUGUGUUAUUGCGCCCCUCACAUUCUGGAUGUAUUGGAAUGCUUUUGACAUUGGAUCUCCUGAUAGUCCAUACAAAGCACCAUAUGCUGUUAUUUACCGAGAAAUGGCCAUUCUGGGGAUUGAGGGUUUCUCCGAACUUCCAAAGCAUUGUCUUGCAUUGUGUUGUGGGUUCUUUGUGGCAGCUCUGGCCAUUAACCUCUUGAGGGAUGUCACUCCAGUGAAAGUCUCUCAAUUCAUUCCUAUUCCAAUGGCGAUGGCUGUACCAUUCUAUAUUGGGGCCUACUUUGCAAUUGACAUGUUUGUUGGCACAGUUAUAUUAUUUGUAUGGGAGAGGAUAAAUAAGAAGGAUGCAGAUGAUUUUGCUGGCGCUGUUGCUUCUGGCUUGAUAUGUGGCGAUGGGAUAUGGACCAUACCAUCAGCUAUCCUCUCUAUCUUCAGGAUUAACCCGCCAAUCUGCAUGUCCUUUGGUCCUUCUGUGCGCACCUGAAUAAAGUGUCUGCCUUGUGGCAUUUGCAAUUCUUUCUUUAGUCUUAUCAGAAAAGCCUCUCAGAUUGUAAAUAUUCUGUUGUCAUGAGUAAAUGUGCACCGGACGUUAUAAAUUUGGUAUUAUCAUACAUGAAAAUGAAAUCUACUUGAUUACCUUUUUUUAUCAAAAAAAUUGUGUAUGCAUAUAUAGUAACCAUAGUUACCGAGGUCGCCUUUUUUAAUGACUUGGCACUUUCAAGCA